AUGUCUACUGCCGAGAGUUGCUGUACUCGUACCCCUAUCGGGACCAACCAAAAAGUCCCUGUAGUAAAGAUUGCCAAUCUCGAUACCUAUGUCACCGGAAACACAUCCUCCAAAUCCGGCGUCGUCGUGAUCUACGACAUCUUCGGCUUCUACCCCCAAACCCUGCAGGGAGCAGACCUACUAGCCGCUCAAACCGGUGCAGUGACUUUUGUGCCGGACGUUUUGGAGAACUGGUACGCUCUGCACGAUUGGAUCCCACCGGACAAUGAGGAGAAGAGGAUCGCUUUUCAGACUUUCUUCGCGGAAAAUGCUGCACCGCCAUUGGUCUUGCCCAAGGUGAAUGCUUGGUUGGCGGAGGCGAAGGGUAAGUAUCCUAGUGUUGAGAAAUGGGGUAUUUUAGGACUUUGCUGGGGUGGGAAGAUUGCUGUCCUCGAAUCUACAGAAGGGACUUCAUAUGCUGUCUCCGGCCAAGUACAUCCCGGACUGUACGAUGCCAACGAUGCCAAGAAUGCAGUCAUUCCCCAUGUCGUCCUCGCCUCAAAAGAUGAGUCUACAGACGUGACUGCCGAAUACAAGGCCAUCUUCGAGAAGAGUUCACUUGACUCUUAUGUCGAAACUUACACGACCAUGCACCACGGCUGGAUGGGUGCACGCGCCGAUCUCGAUGAUGCUGAGAAUAAGAAGGAGUAUGAGCGAGGAUACAAGGAAAUCGGAGCUUUCUUCUCCAAGUACUUGUAG